CUCCAUCAGCAUGUUCAAGGGGGAGGAAACUCCAGCGGCCCUCUCCUUGCAAUGAAAUUUUUAUAAUGCAGAUAACAUUAUGACACACCGAGGUUAGACACCUGUUUCCUGGAUGUGACUGGAGCAGAACAACCGGCAAAGACAUCUCAGAAGGAUUAGAGAAACAGAAGGGGGGCACCAUGUCCAUUGUGCCCCCUUUCCUGGCCGUGGGGCUGCUUCUGCUGGCUGUGCUACAAGGUGCUGCUGGCUCAGAAGCAGUCUGUGGGCAGAAAGGGUACUCCACACGCAUCGUUGGGGGGAAGCCAGCCGCUGAUGGAGCUUGGCCCUGGCAGGUCAGCAUCUUGCAAUCAGGGAAGCACAUUUGUGGAGGCUCCCUCAUAGCUGAGCACUGGGUGCUGACGGCAGCUCACUGCUUGACUAGGAACAUUGAUGAAUAUGAGUUGGAGGUGGGAGCCUAUCAGCUUCAAAAUCCUCCCUCGGAAGGGCGGCAAAUAUUCUCCAUGAGCAAGAUUUGCUCCCACCCUGACUUUGAUGGCCAUGACGGCUCCAGUGGGGAUAUUGCUGUAGUGAAACUGUCAUCCUCCAUAACUUUCACUAAUGACGUCCUUCCCAUCUGCUUGCCGAAUUCUUCUGUACAGUUUCCAGAUGGAGAAAUGUGCUGGGUCACUGGAUGGGGGCAGAUUAAGGUGGGAGUGAACUUGCCCCCUCCACAAACCCUUCAGGAACUGGAGGUGCCAAUCAUAAACAGAGAUGCUUGCAAUGAACUCUUCAGCAUUAAUCCAGAGGCUGACCUGGAUCCCAAUCCAGUUAAGGAAGAUAUGAUUUGUGCUGGUUACACAGGAGGUGGAAAAGAUGCCUGCCAGGGUGACUCUGGAGGACCUUUGGUUUGUCCACGUGAGGAAGGCUGGAUCUUAGCUGGGGUCGUAAGCUGGGGAGAGGGCUGUGCACUAGCCAACCGCCCUGGAGUCUAUACCUCUGUGCCUUACUAUGAUGACUGGAUCUCUGCACAUUUACAGAACAUGAUCUCUGAGGACUGCAGGAGCAGAGAAGGUGAUGAUGAGAGAAACAGCAGACUACCAAAGACCUUCGCUCUGCCGCUUCUUCUCAGUUGUCUCACAUUUGCUCUCCUGUGAGAUGCUCAUUUCACUGCCUUCUGCCUGAUGACUCACUCAAUGGAAUUUCCUUCUUCAAGGUGCUGCCGUUUACUAUCUCCAAAAUCACCACAUGCAAUGGGAAGCUUAAGCCCACUUCUGUCUGAUUACUUUGAGCAUGCUACUCAUUCUGAGUGCUUUAAAACCAUUUCCUGUGACUUACCCAGAAGAAUCUUGUGAAUUGUCCUUUGGAAAAGAUAUUGAGAAUUCAUCUUCCCUUGAGAUUUCUCAGCCAGGGAGUGUGGUUGGGAACUGGAAUAUGAAGGAAAGUGCUGCGGUCAAACUUUGCAUUAUGUAAAAGAUCCAGGAUCAAAUAUCCUACUGUAUUUUUUACCUUUGAAAAAAACAUCUGUGGGGUGAUGAUUUGGGUUGGUGUCACAGCACUGAGGAAGGGGAAAUCAUGUGAUUUUUGCUCAUAGAAUCCCCCCCCCUCCUGUGGCUACUGACCCUGUGGAGAAAAAGUCGGCAUAAGUACAUCUACUGUCUUUUUACCCUGGUAGAAUAGCUGCUUGGGUGGCACAAAUAUUUCUAUCAAGAAAAUGUCAUGGUGGAAAGAUGAACACCCAGCAUUGCAACCAUGAUCCAAAUCACUCCAUCCUCAACUGCUUUUUCAGGUUAAAAAUGUGGUGAGAAAUCUAAUCAUAGAUGCCCCAUACAACAUACAAUUUGGCCCUUGCCUGCCACCAAAAGUGACAAUUUAUAAUUAUUUUUCUUAAAUAUCUGGCUGGUGACAUAAGUGGUAAAUACAGUCAAUAUCUCAAGUUAGUACUUCAGAACUUGUGAUAAAUCAUGAGCUGUGAAUUUGAGGGCAAACGCUUUGGGGGAGUCUUUGAUUCAGUCUGUUAUUUUUGAUACUUCAGAUCCAGGGAAAUUGCUAAGUUCUUCAUAUGCACUCUUUUUACUUCCUAAAUACAAUGUUUUAUAACACUUACCAGUAUUUUAGUGCUUUUAUCCAUUGUAUAACUCAGAAGUGAUUGUAAUUUUUUAACCCUUCAACUGACUGUGUUGGAAGAAAAGCCCAGAAAGAUUAAAGGCUGUUCAAAUGGACAGACUUCUCAUCA